AUGAGCGCCCACCCCCAGUGGGACAUCAAGAGGGCUCUGCGGGUGGCCAGACUCUUCCACUUCGUAUGCGGGGUCCGGGCAGCCUGCGUGAUGCCAUUCCUGACCCUCUACUUGAGCCAACUAGGCCUGACUGCACCCUUGGUGGGCAUCAUCAUGGGCAUCAAGCACCUAAUCACAGCCUUCUGGGCUCCCUUUGGUGCCUCUCUGGCCAAGAGCUUCCAGAAGAGAAGGUUGGUUCUUCUUGGCUCUUUGCUUGGCUCGGUGGGGACCAGCCCACUCAUGAUUUUGAUCCCCUAUGUGGGCAAAGAGCUGGAAGCCAACACCUGUGAUGUAGUCAACAACAAGAUGGCCUCCACUAUCUCUCCCCUGGGAGGAGCAUUCACCGGGAACAGCACCUGGGCCUCAAAAUCAACCUCCGACCUGCUAACCUGGGUGCCCAGCCUUGCAGCCCAAAGAGAGAUGGUGGAAACAUCCAGCAUUCAAAAAGGACUUGCCAAUAGCAGUGUCCAGGAAAGUAGCUACUUUGUGGGUUCUACUGAAGAUGCCAGAAACAUGACCCAAGUUCUCCAAUCUACUACAUCUGGAGUGAAAGAAGUUACUUGGCAAGGUGCUUUGAAGAUGGGCAGUACCGAGACGUCCUUGCCAACCAUGGGGAUAGCGCCCACAAAUACCAUCAAUCUGCCAGCCACCGAACAGUAUACUGGGGCUCUCAACAUCUCUGCGGAAGAACUCCGGUGGGCUUUUAUCUUCGCCCUUUGCUUUAUGAUGCUCUGGGAGAUGGUGGCAGCCCCUCUAGAUCAGGUGGCAGACGACAGCCUUUAUGAAUACCUGGAUUUUGUGGAUGCCACUUACGGUUAUCGCAGCCUCUGGAUUUGGAGGCUGCUGGGCAUGUCAGUAGGUGUUUGCAGCACUGCAGCCCUGGUGGGGCAACUGGACUGUUACUUGAGGUCUCAGGGCCCUUCGGGUGUGGUCUACUUCUAUAGCUAUGCAUUGGUCAGCAUUCUGGCUUUACUGGUGAGCAUCGCCUUUCCCAUCCCUGUCUUCAAGCAGUGGGAGCCCAGCAACAAAACACUCAAGGCGUUGUCUCUUGUUGGGAAUAGCCCCCAUCUCAUUCUCCUCGCCUUCACUGUUGUUCUUGUGGGAGCCGCCAAUAGCAUCGUGCAGAACUACUUGUUCUGGUACAUGAAGAAGUUUGGAAGCAGUGAACUGGUUAUGGGCUUCUCCGUUGCCCUGAGCUUGUUGGGAGAGAUUUUGCUUUACCCACUGAAGACCAUCUUGCUUAGGAAUGUGUCUAGGAUGGGCACAGUGGGCUUGGGACUAGUCUGCCUGGCAGGACAGUUAUUAUACUAUGCGUUCACUUGGAGCUGGUGGUCCGUCCUCCCGGUUCAGAUCUUGAGCGCCAUCAGCAACGGGGCUUUCUGGUGGGCAGUGAGAGCCUCAGUAGAGGACAUGUCCACUCCCGUAACAGAAAGAACUCUCAUGACCAUGUUUCAAAGCCACUUUUAUGGGGGCGGAUGCAGUCUGGGCAGCUUUUUGGGGGGCUUUGUGAUGAUGCGCUAUGACCUGCCUAUACUCUUCCAGAUGUGUACCAUAAUCUUGAUGGUCUGGCUGAUUUUUUUCCUUUCCAUCCUGAUGAAACUGCCCCGAGAGCACAAAAUUAGCUACUCAAAGCUGUUGGUUGUUGAGGCAAAUGACACCAGUGAUUCUGAGCAAGGGAUGGAACAAGACUGGCUCGUGAAAGCCAUGGAAGACGACCACUUUGAAUGGAAAGGCUGA